CCCGCCCUCAGCAGUCUCAGCGACUUCGCCCGCAGUGGUCGCUUUCGUGCCUGGGUUUCACUCCAGAGAUGGCUGUGAAAGUGUGCAGACUCUUGCUGUCCCGGAGCAGCGUUGCAGUAGUUUCCCCCUUCCCCGUGCUCGGUGUCCCUUCACAUCGGCAUCAUCAACGCACAAGAACGGAGGUGCUGUCGGGGCCAUUUGCCCACCAGAGUGUGAGAAGAGGACAUUCCCUGCGGUCUGCCGGCAGGGCAGCACUCUUCAGCCAGCCCAGCGCCUCACUACCUCCCCAGGGUUGGUUGGGAACCCCCACAUGGCCUGCUCAGAGACUGCUGUGCUCACCUGCAGCUUCAGAAGAGGUGACUGUGGUGUAUCAGAACGGUCUGCCGGUAAUCUCUGCGAGGCUGCCGUCACGGCGGGAGCGGUGCCAGUUCACUCUGAAGCCCCUCAGUGACAGUGUGGGCAUCUUCCUACAGCAGCUACAGACUGAGGACCGGGGCAUCGACCGAGUCGCCAUCUACUCUACAAAUGGAGAGAGGAUAGCCUCCUCCACGGGGAUCGACAUUCUACUGCUGGAUGACUUUAAGCUGGUCAUAAAUGACACUACCCAUCUGGUGCGUCCGCCCAGAAGAGAGCUGAUGCCACACGAGGAAGCUGAGCGGCUGAACGACGUCAAGUUCCUGGUGCAGCAGCUCUACACCACCCUGCACAUAGAGGAGCACCAACUCACCAAAGAGAGAGAGCUCAUUAGUCGACUGGAGGACCUCAACUCCCAGCUCCGCCCACUGGAAAAGGUGAAGGAGGAGCUAAGCAGAAAGGCGGAGCGCAGGACCACAUGGGUGCUGUGGGGGGGCAUGGCCUACAUGGCCACUCAGUUCGGCGUGCUGGCGCGCCUCACCUGGUGGGAGUACUCGUGGGAUAUCAUGGAGCCUGUCACCUACUUCAUCACCUACGGCACAGCCAUGGCCAUGUAUGCCUACUUUGUGCUCACGCGCCAGGAGUACAUCUACCCCGAUGCCAGAGACAGACAGUACUUGCUGUUUUUCCACAAGGGGGUGAAGAGGACACGCUUUGACAUCGAAAAGUAUAACCAACUGAAGGACGCUAUUGCUGAGGCGGAGUUGGACCUGAAACGUCUGAGAGAUCCUCUCCAACUGCACCUCCCUGUCCAGCAAAUCAACAGCAGCAAAGACUGAUGGGAAGAGUGAAAGACUCCCUCCUCCCCUUCCUCCUUGUCUCACUCUCUCUCUAUUUCUCCUUCCUUCUCUCUGUCCAUAAUACUUUUGCCACCCCUCUCUCUCUCUCUCUGUCUCUCUCUCCCUCCCUCUCCCUCACUCUCUGUCUCUGACAGAACCAUCUCCAGAUGAAAUGUUGGAGCCUUUUAAUUAUUAUUGUUUUUAGGUGUUUUGUUUUGGUUUUGAAAACUGAGUAGUCACCCCGUGUCAAAGGAGAUGGGGAGGGAACGCAAUCAAAAGAGAAGAAAGAUCCUGAUACGCCUCUGGCUCUAGUUGUGCCUGCAGACCUUUGAGCUCUGAUAAGCCCACAAGGGCCCAGACAGAACUGCUGCAGUCCACAGGAAGCUCCUGCUGCCUAACAGGAAAUGACAUCUGGCUUUGGACAGCCUCCAAGGGACAGUGACCCCACUCUCUGCAUGGGACAUUAAAAAAAACACAAAUAAACAACAAAAAAAAGACAAACACACACACACAUACACACAGGCUCUGUGGUUAAGCACCUCUAAAACCUAAGAACACUGUUCAGCUCUUGGGCAAACUUUUCUUUUUACAGGGAAGUUGUAAACCUGUCUGGUGCAGGGAAGAAAGACCCUGUGCUUUUUUUUCCCCAGCACUGGACGUGUUAACGUGGACAUUUAGCUGCAGCGGCGCUUAGUCCGCCCCCUACGUACAGGGAGUAUUGGGCUCGGGCCCCCUUCUCUCCAUCCCUCCUUCCUCCUCAGUCCCUUAGUGGCUGGGACCUCCCGACUGCUGCCACGCCUCCCGUACACGUCCCCCCUCCAAGCCCGCCUUUAACAUCACGGACAACUGUCUGCUGUGACGAUACAAGAGCUGGACCAGGGGUGAGACCACACUGCUGCUAUGUGUGUGAGAGGAGCAGGGGUCACAUGACGAGCAUCAUUUCCUGUGCAGACCUGUUCCAGCCUGCAGACCAGAAAUCUACUGGCUAAACAUCACUGUGUGUCCUAUUAUUCCAAAACAACAACAACAAAAAAAUUUAUUAAUUAUUGAAAAAAAAAGGGUAAAAGAGAAAUAAUUUUGGCACUUUUUAUUUUAAAAGCCAUAUUAUAUUUGUUAUGGUGGGUGGAAAAAAAGAAUAACUAGAAUCAACUUUUUGUUUCUCGGUGGAGGAGUUACUCCCUUUACCAUCAUUUCAGUCAUCACUUUAACAUAAGGCCAGUGUCUUCAGUGUUGAAGCUGUUCAUCACUGUAUCAAGUCAGGUCUCUUUCUCAUACAUGUAGCUAUUAAUGUGACUACAUAAUUCCAACACGCACAUGACGUUUGCUUGAUGCCGGCUGAAACUGGUGGCAUGAAGUACGCAACGAACAUCCACUAACAUGCGCUCGUCUGCUUUGCAACCGAAAAUUCAGUAGAGGAUUGCCCAGUACAAUUUAGAGGGUUGUCUCUCUUCGUUUCCUGCACUGCGCUUUCCAAGCUACGCAAAACUACGUUACCCACAGUGCCUCCCAGCACCCGGUGCAGCUGGCUGGACACGGCUCUGCUGUUCUUCUUUCUCGGCUUCAGCACCUCAGCAAAACAGACAUGUGACACACAACCACUUUUUCUUAAGAAAAGGAAGAGAAAAGGAAACACAGGCGAUGAAAUCCGGGCCCCGAGUGCGUGACGAAUCUCGCAUGUUUGUUUGGGGGUUUUUUUGGCCACACGUAUCCUCCUCAGUACGCCAAGAAUCUAGUGGUCCAUGGAGAGAACCAUGUAAUAUAGUACAUCAUAGUGGGUUUCUCCCACCCAUCCACAACAUGCUGUAACACGUGGCUGUCGCAUCCUCUUGUCUGUAGUGCCACACUAGUUCUAAAGCACCGGACGGAAAGAUGGGAGUUCAGGACUAAGCCCGAACGCAUCCACUGCUCAGCUGCAUUUCUGUCUCGGGUGCUAAGAACCAUUCUGAUCGUGUCUCUUCACGACGAGGUGCUCGAAUCAUGUUCCAUUUUAGUUCAUGAACUCGGCCUUUCGCUUUGCAAUGCAUUUGGUGGAUCGCUGUAUUACACGCUUGCAUAAGAUGUACCUCUCUUGUGUGUUCCACCAGUUUGUAUGCAUUAUAGCGCCUUUAGAGGAUUGUGAUGUAUGAGGUUUUGUGUUCAGCACCGCCCCAUCAGCUCGCCCAACACUUGUUCAAACACACUCACUGAUACAAGACAUACCCUAUCUGCCUGUCACCCGAAGUGGCAUCCCAAAGCUUAUUACUCCAUGCUGGCCUCUGGAUUUUAAAUGCUGCAGAUUAGAGUGGUGCAUUAACAUCCAGAGUCGUUAUCUUACUGACCUCCUAAAGGGCGAAUUCUCCUACCCAGCUGCCUUGAUGAGGCUGCAGUUUGCUGCCUGCGGUUUGAGUCGUCUCUGUGGUCAGGCCAGCCACGGGAGACGCUAGUCGAGGUUGAGACUGCACUCCUCCGCGUGGGGCUGGGCUAUGAUGUAAGCUCUGGAUUUGAAGCCACUGCAGAUGCAGACUCACCAAGGCCUGAACUUCUGUGGAGAUUGUCAUUACCUGUCAUUAUCUAAAGUGUGGAUGAUGGAUUUGGUCACAGUAAAAGAGGAUUGAUGUGUGGUUUGGAUUUCUUUCUUUUUUGGGUUGCGUUUUUUAAAUAGAGGCAGGCAGAGAAAGUGUUUGUGUGUCACCAUUUAGUCCAAGUGAAAAUCAAAGGAUUCACUAGGGAGUGAUUCCAUUCUGGGCCUAGUCAAUUAGCACGAAUCGAUCUCAUCUCAUGGCCCAUGCACCCUCGCCCCCGCGCCUCACCUCAUGUCAUUAUGUCAUGUCAUAAAUCCUCAACUGCAGACGCACGCACAGUCAGAAAACACUCCCGUCUCAUCACCCGCAACAGCCUGACGAUUGUGAGGCUACCAAAGGCAUCGUCACUCACUUCAGUAUCACCGUUGAUCAUUUUUACUUUGUAUCUUUUCAGGGUAAUCAUUUGUUGGCUUGAGGUUUUGUUUUUUGGGUUGUUUUUUUUUUGUCUGUUUGUUUUUUACAAGAGUAUAUCUAAUAUAUGGAACUUAUUCUAAAGCGGGUGUUGCAUGAAUGUAUGUUUACAAGGGGAAAUUAUAUUAAAUGAUCCAAAAUAAUAAUAAUUCCAGAGAUUGCAGGCUCUUGGUUGUCUGGGGCUUUAUACAGCUUUUCCUACCUAUUGGUCCUCAAAGACGGCCCCUGUGUGAAUGUCCAUCCACACUGUCCACCCCCCACCCCCGCUCUCCUCUUCUCUCGCAGAUACCUCUCCGUCUCUUCACAAAGCCUCCCCUUCACGUGAAGUUGGUUUAAGAAAUGUGCAUACUUUUUUACAUUUUUUUUUUUACGCACACUCAACAUGAGAAUUAAGAUCCAUCAAGUGUAAGUGAAGCAGGAUGUCAUGUUCCCAUUCAGAUCUUUUUCUUCAUUUCAAGAUUUUUUUUUUUCCCUCACACAUUGGCCUCAGAUGCUGUGAUGUUGAAAGAUUAUAAAAAAUAAAAAUGUAAACUCCUGUAUCAUUUAUGAAAUGUGUAUAAAAGAGAAAUGUAAUUCAGUUAUCAAUAAAUGCUUAGCCAGUUUUGGAACUGA